AUGCCUGUGAUCGUACUAGAGGCUAAAGACUUCACCAGUCCCCUUUUCUUGGUGCGGACCUGGGAAGUCUUAUCCAGCUGUACCACCUUCAGCCUUGUGGCCUCGCUGGAACCCCCAGAGAAUCCAUCUUACCUCCAACACACAUUCAGGAUCUUCUGCAUGUUCACAUGGUGCUUCUUCUUCACCCUUACGCUACUCAUCCACAUUCUCAGCAUCAUCCAGUUUCACAGCCUUAUCCCAAUAUCCUGGAAGAACUUGACUAUGACGGCUGCAGUCUUAGGCGCACUCAUGUGUCUCAGUGCGUCUGUGGUUUUCCCUUUGAUGGUCAUGGUUCCUCAAGGGGCUUCGCCGCGCUCUGUGACGGCUGCUGUGACCUCCUGCCUCACCUUCCUGGCCUACACCUCAGAGUCCUACGUUCUUCACACCCAAGCUCGUGAACAAAGAGGUUACAUGAGCAGCAAGGCUGGUCUGCUCAAGAUACUCCAACUCUGGGGAGGCUGUCAUAUGAUCCCCGUGGUUGUGGAGGUGUUCCGCGGACCGCUUAGUGCAGUACAAAGUUGGCAGCUGUGGGUCUCCGCAGCGUCAUACGGUGUCUGUGUUCUCAUGUCUCUUGUCACACUUGUGGUAAUAUUAGGAGACUUUGCCGGGCGAUGUUUUCUACCUUUUGACAGAUUUUUGGCUGGCUUCAGUCUUAUUGGGGUGUUGCUCUACAUGGUGGCCACGGUGAUUUGUUCUACCAAGAUACUUCAACUGAGAGAACUCGAAGAAAAAAUGCCCAACAAAAUGACAGAGCUGGUUAUCAUGGAAACAGUGGUUGCCAGUAUUACACUGUUGGCUUAUACAGUGGACCUCGCCUUCUCCAUUAAACUGUUGUGUGACAGGAGUCACGCAUGA